AUGAUACAACGUGUGUUAUUGUUUCUCGUUUUACUUUUGAGUGUUGAGUGUCUCUGUAUGGCAACUGCAGUGAUUCAACCUUUAAAUGAGGUUUCUUCCACUUGCCAAGGUGAUGGUGUUAGUUGUCCUUCUGGUGCUUCUGCUGUUGUUUCCAGGAAACCUAAUGGUAGUGUUGAAACUGGUCGACCAGGUGCUACUGAUUCGCAGUGUACUACUGGCGGUACUGCAUCUAAAGAUUGUGUGGAUUGUUCUCAGACAGGGCAAUGCACUACCAAUGCCCGUGACGCUCAAGGCAGUUGCCCUUCAGGUGAUUCUUCUUGUCAACCUACACCACAGGAACCGGCUCCAACUCCAAGAGAAGGACCUGAGCUGAACGCUGUACAAACUGAUCACAGCCCUCAAGGUAAACCCGGUGAAAACGGUGAUAGAGGUGUUGGUCCUCUUCCUCCUCCUUCUGCUCCUGCACCUCCUACUGCUCCUAAGGGUAAUGUUAAUCCAACAGGUACAAAUAAUGUUGAGGGAGAAGUCGUUGAUGCCCCUGCUGAGCAAGUACCUCCGGAAAAACAAGGUGAAGGAGAUUCUAAUGGUGGUGCCGCUGGUAGUGCUGAUCUCCCUGCAAGUGAACCUGAACAUGGAAGCGGUGAACAAAGAACAACAGGUGAAAGUGCAGGUAAAGCGGAAGGUGAAGAAGAAGAACCUUCUCAUUCUUCCGACAAUUCAAACCAAGAA